UUAUCCAUUACACUAGUAACAACAACAACUAAUGCAAGUGAUAACUGGUCAAACCCUGAUUUUUGUGUUCUGCUACUUAGUUUUAAUCUUACUCAUUAUUAAUUUUAGUGCUUACAAUUAAUUUAUACUGUUUCUUUGGUGAUGUUCUAUCCCAUAAUUUCUUUACCGUUUUGAUACUCUCGCUGUCACAACAGAUAUGGCUCAAGAAACCUCAAGUAAAUUUGAUACCAUAGAAUCUCUGACGAAGGAGGCUGAUGCUCUAAAACUAAGAUUAGAGGAAGAAAGACAAAAACUUAAUGAUGUAACGAUUGCAACUGUUGCCGACCGCUUGGAUGUCAUCAAUUUUCUCACCAUUAAAGUGAAGCGUCAUCUAAAGGGCCAUCAAGCAAAAGUUCUCUGCUCAGAUUGGUCUCCGGACAAACGACAUAUUGUUUCGUCCUCCCAAGAUGGUAAAAUGAUAAUUUGGGAUGCAUUUACCACCAAUAAAGAGCAUGCUGUAACUAUGCCGACAACUUGGGUCAUGGCUUGUGCCUAUGCACCGUCUGGCAACCUCGUUGCCUGCGGUGGCCUUGACAACAAAGUAACAGUGUACAGCCUCAACACAGAUGACGAUGUGUCCACCAAGAAAAAAACCGUUGGAACUCACACUAGCUUCAUGUCUUGUUGCACUUUUCCUAACUCGGAUCAGCAGAUUUUAACUGGAAGCGGAGACUCUACUUGCGCUCUCUGGGAUGUUGAAUCAGGACAAUUGCUGCAGAGUUUUCACGGACAUUCCAAAGACGUCAUGUCCUUAGAUCUUGCUCCUUCAGAAACAGGCAACACAUUUGUAUCUGGAAGCUGUGAUAAAAUGGUCCUGAUGUGGGAUAUGCGAACAGGAAAUUGUGUUCAAGCUUUCGAAGGCCAUGAGUCUGAUGUAAAUAGUGUCAAAUUUCAUCCUAGCGGUGAUGCUGUUGCAACAGGAUCUGAUGAUUCGACGUGUCGUUUAUUUGAUCUAAGAGCUGACAAAGAAGUAGCGGUUUAUACAAAACAGAGUAUAAUGUUUGCUGCAAAUGCUGUCGAUUUCUCUGUCAGUGGUAGGCUUUUAUUUGCUGGUUAUAAUGAUUUCACUGUGAAUGUGUGGGACUCGUUGAAAUGUGUGCGAGUAAGUCUGCUGUAUGGACAUGAAAACCGAGUAUCAUGUUUGCAAGUUUCACCUGAUGGCACUGCUUUUUCAACUGGCAGUUGGGACUACUCAUUGAAGAUCUGGGCUUAAGGUAAUUUCCAGAAAACUGUGUCAAAUAGUCACCCACCAAUUCUAUGUGAUUCCUGACCUUCAAUCCUACAUCAACCGUGUAUUGCGUUAACGUGUAUAACCGUAGUUAGUGUUUAAACUGUUUCCCACCUCUCGAAGUCUCUGAAAAUAAGACCAUUUUGUUAUGUAUUUUGUACCUCAUUAUUUUUUCAGGUUUCUUUCAAUUGUUAAAUUUUCCCCCUUCUUUGAAUUCUUCAUUUUUUAUAAUUGUAACAGUGCAACUCUUAGCCACAACUAAUUCCGAAUUACUCAGAAAGACCUAAUGAAAUGUGAUAGCAAUGGAAGAUGAUCACUGCUUUAGAAGACCAUCAUAUUUUUCUUUAAAAGCUCAAAAAUUAAUAAAAUGAGGCGUUAUAAAUUUAGAAUGGCAGAAAAUGGUAGUUGUGAAAAACAGUAUGAUGAAGAGCUAGUCUUCUUUUUCAUAUUGAACUUUGCAUGGUUCUGUGACCUAGCAGUAUCGAGCGGAGACGUAACCCUCUCAUUACCAGAUACCAUAAACGCAGCAUCUGUGAUCAGCAAAAUGGUAUCCUUCCCAUGCAAUUCCGCCAUUACUCGACAAUCUCUCUUCAAGAACAUUCAUGUUUGUAGCUCCAUCUAUUGAGAAGAAUCUGAAGUACCUACAACUUUAGGUACCUCCCAACAGAGUGCGCUAUGAUUUGUUUGUGUGACAACCAGUCCUAAUCAUGGGAUAUGCACCUGCAAAGUAUAGCUUGAUAAUGAAAGUGAAAGGGUUAAUAUUUCCCUGGUAGCAGUGGCUGUUGAAAAAUGGUUAAAAAUUUCGUAAAUUUCAAGGAGAAAAGUCUUAAUAAAACUAUUGAAAUAUCUGAGUUGGGAAAACUUGUUGUCCUUUUUUAUGUAAAACUGCCACCUCGCUUUUUUAAAAGCUUUUUUUUAUAAUUCUACUGCAGUCAAGUUUUGCAAAAGUUUCACAUGAACUCCACGUAAAAAUUACUUUUUUAUAUCGCAUAACCAACAGUUUAUUUUGUGUUCUUCAUCUAUGUGAGCAAUUUUUAGAAUUUUGCAAAAGUUUGAUGCUGUUUUUUGUCAUGUCUUUUUUUAAAACUGAUUUUGCAUAACUUUUAAAAGAACAGAAGGGAUUUUCUAAACUCAUACAUUUUGGGAAAAAAAAACUGCAUGUUUUUUAAAGUCCACGAAUAGUCAAUGCUACCAGGGUAGCUAUCGUUCAUUGAUUUGUUCACCAUCGUGGCGGAUAUUGUGCUAGAGUAUGAUUUAUUUAGUGAUUUUUUUUAUGUUUAACGAUGAUGCCUACAAAGUCCUUACCACUUUCAAAGAAAGGUAACAUCUCGUGUUAAUCAAUUUGUGUUUUCAAUUCUCCAGUGUACCACUAGACAAGGUGCGACUUUAAACAUUACCGUGUAUGUUUUCUCAUCAACAUUUCACAUUUAACUUGAUUUGUAGAACAAAAAUGUCCAUAAGUAACUCCUAACAAAGAUAUUUACGAUUAUUUAUUUUGAUGCAUCAAUUGGAACUUCCUGCUCAUUAGAAACUGUAAUCUGCUUGACUCAAACUCCAAUCUAGACGUUAAUUGGGACAGUCUUAGCAGUAUGAAAAUAUGACAACCUCAAUCUCAGGGCUUUGGCUCAGCUGUUGCACAUUAUUUAUCCUUUAUAAAACACAGGAAAGGAACACUGCCUAUUGAGAAGCGUGUCAUAACCAUUGUAUUGUGCAAUUUGAUUCAAGAACACUAUGGGUUUUUGUGUAAGCAGAAAAUUCAAGUUUUGCAUAAUUAGUGGUAAACAGAAACAAUAAUAUCUUAGUUAGGAGUUAAUUUUAGUGAUUUUUGCUGCGCAAAUCAUGUUCUAUGUGAAAUUUUGAAGAUAUGGCACAUCUAUGAUCAUAUGAUGGCAUACAAUGCUCAAAUUCUUAUCUUGUCUGGUGAUUUAUAGAAUUUCAGCUUCUUCCUUUUGGUUAGCUAAUAUCUGUGUACAAUUGUUCCAAUGCAUUUACAACCAUUUCCUCUAUCUAUGUCAUUGUUAAUAAUUCAUCAUCAUAUAUUUUUCUCCUGGCACUCAUUCAUUGUAUAAUAUGUUAUUUUAAUGUGUAAUCUGUUAUUUUAGCAUUUGAUCAAAUUGUUUGUCCAAACAUUAUGUAGCCUGUAGGAGCCAUUCUCUUGAAGUUAUUAUUUUAAAUUGUGCGCAAGAAAUAUCCAGUGCUGAUAAUUAUUAACGCCCACCUGUAUCUUUGUAAUGCAAUGCAAGUUGUAAUAAUGGUAAUGUUAAAAUUGUAUAUUCAUUGAAGAGAGAUGAUAUAUGGAUAUCAUUAAGAAAACUAGUCUUAUUUAUGUUAAGAGUUUUGAAGAAAGACUUGCUAGAUAGGGAUGUCAAUGUAAUUAAAAAGAUUACUGCAAAGGCAUUCUCAAGCAGUGCCCAAGGCUCCAUUAGACUUUAUAGUUCCUUAAAAAUUUUUGAUUUUUCGACAGAUAAGACCCGUUCGCUUAGUGCAAUUCCCGCUUGAACACAGUUUAGCAGUAUGGUUACAUUUGCAGAAAAUGUCAAAUAAACAACUAGUGCCCAACGCCAUCCAGAAGGCUAUUUUAAUUUUAAUGGUAUGUUAUGCAGAGUUUUUUAUAUAGAAUUAUUGCAUUUCUGCCUCCAUACGACUGAACCCAAA